UUUAUGUUUUCCCUCUCUUCCGCUCCUUCUCUCUCCUCCUUAAAUUCUUCCAUUGAUUUCGAUCUGAGAGAGCUUCUCCUUUAAGCUCGCACUCCGAUCUGGUGGACUCUUGGGCGGCCUGCAAUUGCUUGCAGAGGUAUAUGAAUGGAGAGGGUGCCUGGUUUUUAGGAUUGUAGAUGUUUUAAAGGAAUGAAAGGAGUCUCAUGGGGACUGAUUGUAGGGGUGACAGUCGGCGUUGUGAUCGGGAUUCUUUUGGCAACAGUUGCAUUGUUCUGCAAUUGGUUGAGGAAAAGGAAUCCUCAGAUUGGAAAUAGCAGCUCAAGGAGGGCUUACACUGUACCCAUCCGAACAAAUGGAGUGGAUACCUGCACAGUACUCUCAGACUCAACCACUGGCCAGGAAUCCCCGAGAAUUCCAGAAGAGAACAGCAUUUCAUUAUGGAUUGAAGGACCUAAAAGAAAAGGUGUGAUCUCGGUGUCUGGCAUACCUAAGUAUGCUUACAAGGAUUUGCAGAAGGCAACUUCUAAUUUUACAACUUUGAUUGGUCAAGGGGCUUUUGGUCCAGUAUACAAAGCUCAAAUGUCAACGGGUGAGAUAGUUGCAGUCAAAGUGCUAGCUACGGAUUCUAAACAAGGCGAAAAGGAAUUCCAGACAGAGGUUCUUCUUCUUGGGAGAUUGCAUCACCGGAACCUUGUAAACUUGGUAGGAUAUUGUGCAGAAAAAGGCCAGCAUAUGUUAAUAUAUGUCUACAUGGAAAAUGGCAGUCUUGCUUCUCACUUGUACAACGAGCACAAGGUGGCAUUGAGCUGGGAUUUGAGGAUUAAUAUUGCUUUGGAUGUUGCAAGAGGCUUGGAGUAUCUUCAUGAUGGUGCUAUUCCAUCUGUAGUUCAUCGGGACGUCAAGUCUUCAAACAUUUUGCUGGAUAGAACCAUGAGAGCUAGAGUUGCGGACUUUGGCCUUUCAAGAGAAGAAAUUGUCAGCCGGCAUGCACCAAUUAGGGGAACUUUUGGCUAUCUUGAUCCUGAAUAUGUUUCUUCAAGAUCUUACACAAAGAAAAGUGACGUGUACAGCUUUGGAGUUUUGCUUUUUGAGCUGAUUGCCGGAAGAACACCACAACAAGGUCUCCUGGAGUAUGUUGAGCUGGCUGCCAUAAACGCUGACGGAAGAGGUGGCUGGGAAGAGAUCGCAGAUUCCCGGCUUGAGGGUUCUUUUGACUUGGAAGAACUGAAUGAAGUGGCAACCCUAGCGUACAAAUCUAUCAACAGGUUAUCCAGGAGACGGCCAUCAAUGAGAGAUUUAGUUCAAGCUUUGUCAAACACAAUUAAGGAAAGAAAUUACAGAACUCGGCGAAAGAGACAUUUAUUACCAGUAGCAGUAGUAGAGGAAUCAGCUAAAGAAGAUCCUCUCCCUUACCCACAACAUUCCAGAGAAGAAUCCAUUGACAGCAUGUCUGAUUUAACGGAUGCUUGACUUGCCUUUUUUUUUUGUUUGGGUUUAUACAAAGGUUCUAGGAUGAGAAAAGGAUGUAUUUUUUUUCCUUAGAUUUCUUAGGUGACACGUUUGAUAAAGAUACAAGAGUCUCUCGCACAGGGCGAAUUAUUACGUCUGGUGACCGGACCGUCCGUACACCAAUUCAUAUACACUGAGCCCCGGAUGUAUUUGGAUGAUGUGGCUCAUCUGGAUUGAAGUCCGGAUGAAUCCGGACACCGGACGUAAUAAUUUUCCCACGCACAGUCUCCUGUUUUCUCAAAAGUGACAAUGAGAUACAAAUGUAGCACUGAUUUUUUGUUUCAUCUAACAUAUUUAUUUAGUUCUUUGACAUUUUGUAUGAA